GUUUAAUUGAGAUAAAUAUGCAUUGAUUAAAUAUAUAUAUUUCAGUACAACAGUAUAACAUAUAAAACAGUUUAGACCUGUCAUGUAAUAGAAAAUAUCUCUGAUUUCGCAGAUAAAGAGAUUUAUAAUGAAAGAAAGCAACUAAGUUUCCAAACACAGAUUCAAAGCAUCUUUAUUAAAUACAGCAAUCCAAAGACAAUAUAAACAUAACCUAAUUUGACUAUGUCCUGUUUAGCAAAAUCACAAUUUAAAUAUUUGAGCAGUAAUAAUAUUAAUAAAUUUCACCUAGCUGAUAGUGACGAAGACAAUGAUGAAUUUAAUUUUCAGUUUGUACCUGUCAAUCAAUUUAAAAAUAUCGUAAAGGAUGUAAAAAGGCAGAGAACACGCAAUAAAGAAGAACAAGCUUGGACUACAUUUAUAAAAGAACAAAACCAAUUAGAUAUAAAUUGUAAACAACCUUACUCUGAUGAAAAAUAUAAACCUAAUCGAACACUUGCAGAAAGCUUUAGAGAUGUUGAUAAAGAGCUUUUGCGUCUUGAAAUUGACACAUUACCACAGUCAAAGUAUAAUUCUGACUGUAGUUCAUCAAAAAAUCAAAGAAAACAUUCAGUAGCUAAACUUGAUAAAAAAAAUUCACUCCUUAAAAAGAAAGACAGAAUAGGCAGUGCAAACUUAUUGACUAUCCCAGAGGAAAAAAAACAUUACUACACAAUGGAAUCACCAAUACAUUAUAAUCAAUGUGGACAUACCUUGAAGAAAUCUCGUUCAGAUCAAACAAUGAAAAAUACCAGAUUACAUUCAAAAUUUUGCUAUAGUACAGAUAAUUUAGACUAUAAUUUGAGUCCACAUUCUGAUUUAUCAUUUCAUGAUAAUGAUACAAUCCCAGUACGCCCAGACCCAGUGGCUGUUGCAAAAAUUUUAAAUAUUCAAAGAAAAAUAUUUACAGUACUUAAUUCAAUAUCAUAUGAACUUGACAGAAUUCCAUUACCAGAUGGAGAUGAUGAUUUUCUCAGAAGACAUCAGCGUAUUAUAGAAUUUUCUACGAGAUUAUCAAGAAAUUAUUUAUAUGAACUUAGCCGACAAAUUUCGGACAUUCAGAGGCAUAUUAAAGCUAUAUCGCCUGACAAUAAAAUGAAAUUAAACAGAAGAGGCAUUAUAUUUCAUAUGCAGAUUAUAGAACAAAAAUUGAUAAGUACUCAUCAGCUACUGUUGACAGCUUUGAGCGCUUAUUGGAAACAUAUUCCUAGUUCAGUAUUAAAAAGCCAUCCUGGAAAAUUGAAAGAUCUGUUACAAACAGUUCUGGAGCUUAAAAAUAUUUGCACCGAAAUAAAACUUACUCCUGAUUUUUAUUGCUCAGGAGAUAAUAGAGAUACAUUUUUAGGAAAUGAAACUGAAAAUCAAUGCACAUCAAUAUUAAAUAGAUUUCGCCCGAUAUCCGACAAUGAAUCUCAAGUUCCUAGUCAUAGAACCAGGUCAACCGCCGCAACACCUUCACGCGGUAAAAAGUUAAAGAAUCGAAAUCGUCAAAUUGCCUUAUCCAAUCGCUUUAAUAUGUACGCUGUGGACAUGAGAUUAGGAAAAAAUUCCCAUGUAAAUAAAACACGUAGUGUGUUUCAGAUACCAAAAAAUAAAGAUCGUAGUUAUGUGUCUGUUAAACAGUGUCAGAGUAGUAUAUUACCACAGUCUAAGAAAUCGUUAUUGUCGAUUGAAAAAAUAUCGAAAGAAACUAUUACAAAUAAGAGCUCUAAAAUUAAUGUACCCUUGAAAGAAGAUGAUAUUGAAACUAUGAUGGAAACUGUACUAUCAGAUUUCGAUAUAGAAAGCUGCAAAUCAGUGAAAACAUCUAAAAAGCACAAGAUUCGUGAUAAAACACAUCAACCAAUUCAUAUUCAAAUAAGUUCUAAGGAAUCUGAUAAAAGGCUGAAUAAAAAUCGGAUCGAUCAUAUUGGUGAAGAAAAAUUAAUAGAUAAUACGCAAAAACAAACUUACUCCUCAUCUUUACUACCUUUGAUAGAUCUAUUAUCUUUAAUUCAUAAUAGAGAAGAAAACACAUCAUUACCAUUAGCCUCUAUUGACACUUUUUAUGAUUUUCUUAAAACCUGUCAAAGUAAAGUAGAAAUACAUGAAUUUGAAGCUCACUCUGUUCGUGACGAAAAAAAGUGUGGUGAAAAGAAUAUGCAAUUAAUAUGCUAUGCAUCAAAAGAAAAUAAUAAAAAUAAUAUUACUAAGGUGGAAGAAAGUGAAGAUUCUUCAAAAUUCAAUGAUGCAGCUUGUCGAAUUAAUUGUGCAAAACGUAAUGCUACUUAUGAAUUAUCAGUGUCUGAAUCUGUUGUGUCAUCUCUUACAGAUUAUAGAAAUGAAUACCAGAAUAUGAUAAAAUCAAACCCACUGUAUACUAGUAACACGCAAAAUAAACCAUGGGAAGUUGUCUCUUGGAUUGCCGAUAAGCUUGUAGAUGAAUUGAUAGUGGAACUGUGUGAUGACUUUCAGAUAGAAGAUGUAAUCAAAAAACUAUUUGAAUUGGAAUUUAAAGAAUUUUAAUUAUUUUAAAAUUGUUCACGUACCGAAUU